CGUGCCCCACCAUUACCUCAUCCUUUGUGAUAAAAAGUGUCUCGCCGGGUUACAUCUGAAGUCUCGCAUUACUCUGCAAUCCUGUUUACCACCCCCAACGGAAGAAGAAACCACAUCAGAAUACGCAAGCCAACCACACACAAGACCCUCACCAUGUCUUCCGCAGCCAUCCCCACCUCCACGGCCGUCGUGGAAUCGACUGUCAUCCGGGCCCCGCUGGCUCACGUUUGGCAUUACAUCAAGCUCCAGGACUUCUCCAAAUUCUGGUCCGCCAUCACCAAAAGCGAAACCGUCAAAGGCGCAAGCGAAGAGGCGGACGUCUUCAAAUGGAGCUUCAAAGACGGGACAGUGCUGGAGGUUAAGCAGGAGGAGCAUAGCGCCAUCCACCACUACAUCACCUACAGCAUCAUCACCGCCCAGCCGGAGCUGACGUACUCGUCUGUUUUGAGCACGAUUCGCUGCUACGCCGUGACGAGCGGAGAGGCGGAGGGGAGCACGUUUGUUGAGUGGACGGGGAAUUUCUCGAGUGAUGCUGAUGCUGGUGUCAUCCAAGAUGCAAAGUUCAAGCGGCGUGAGGCUCUGGCCGAUUUGGCAAAGGCUGCUGCGAAGAAGUAGACGCGAAUGAGGUCAAUGCCACAAGAGCUGGGAACUUGAAGGAGAGAAGAGACCGUCUCGCCGAAGAUAAUGUCGUGGAAGAUCAGUGAGACGGGAAAAGUUCAAGAGUCAAGAGGCAGAUAGAAGGAUAACGCAAAUCAUACUGCAUACACCCCCAC